AUGGCUGAGCAGGCAAGAGUGGAGUCUGUUUGGGCCCCCAUGGCUGAGCAGGCAGGAGCAGAGUCCACCUGGACUCCCACAGCUGAGCAGACAGGAGCGGUUCUGGCUGAGGAGAGCAGGCUGGAGGCUGGGACCAGGAGGAGGCGGAACCAAAAAACUCAGCCUCGCCGGGCCGAGUGCGAGGAGAUGGAAAUGCAGGUGAUGUGGGCAGAAGAGCAGCGGACCGGUUCCCGUUGCGUCUUCUCUUUCUCUUUUGGCGGCGAGGUGGAUGGUGUACCGGGGCGAACCAGAGUUCGUCCUCUGACUCGGCGUCCUCCCCAGACGUCCACCCAGAGCAGACUGGUGAUCCAGUACAGGAAUGAACUGAUGCACUCCUGUGAGUUCCGGGUGAAGGACGAAUGGAUCAAACUCUACCGCGGCACUCUCAAACACUUUGUCCAGCAGCUCAGUCAGGACGUCCCCCACAUGUCCACUGUGGGACAACAAAUAGAAGACAUGCUGACUGUUGAUCUGUCCAUAUGUGUCUUUGGUGUGGACCGGAUGGACUCCGCUGGACCAGACUCAGACGCUGACAGCCAAUUAGAGGCCAGCGCUGAGUUAGUCGGCCAAUGGGAAGCUGAGCUGCUCCAGGAGAUGUUGCAGGAGUGUCUUUGUGCUGAAGAUGGUGUCGAUUCAGAGACACAGGACACGGAGCAGCUGAGGAGGCUGCAGGCCUUCUUGCAGGCCAACCAAGAUCUCAGGGAGAAGUUUUCCUCUGAGCUCCAGACCAUCACCACUCUGGAGGUGGGACAAUGAGGAGACAGACGAUCACAUCACACUGCUUUACUAAUAAUCAACACAACACGGACUUUGACUUAUUAUUCCUGAAAAUAAUUCACUUCAUGAUUCAUGAUCAGAGAAGAAGAAAUCAUUUAGUUCGAGAAACUUUUUUUUAAUUGUUUACAUUAAAACAAAGUAAAAGUGUUGGAUUAGGCACUUUAAACUGGAUUACAGUUAAUCUGCACGACAUCUGUGGAGGAGGUGUAUUGUUUUUGCAUAGUGACUUAAUUAAAACUGUAUUUAAUUAAAAACUGUUAUAAGCCUGCAUGAAUCCAUCUGCUUUUGUUUUUACCAGAUAAACCAUUAAA